GGAUGAUACCAUAACUCAUUCAGCAUUGUGCUUGAAGUGAACUUCAGUUGAAGAUGCUUAGAAAACUAGCAUUUGUGGCCUUUUUGGCAAGUGUGUGUAGUAGCCCGGUAGAAUAUGGAAUCGGUGAAAAUAUCGUUGGUGUUGUCUCGGAAUGUAUAGAUAACGAUACAUCGUUAUGUUUGAAGGAAAAGGCAGUGAAACUGACUGAAAAGCUAGCUAUCACGAAAGACCUCAAUAUUUUAGAUGGUCUAUCUCUAGUCAAUACUGGAUCUGCACGGUCAGCUAGGAGUUAUGAGCCAUUGUCAGUGGAUCCCAAGGAGAGGGAAUCUCAGUUGGAAGAGAGGAUAGUAGACAAUGUUGGGGAUUUCUUAGAUAAUCACGUACUGCAGCUACGUUUGUCUGAUGAUGCUGGCGAAUCUAGAGAUCUGGAUGAGGAAGGUCGUGGCAAGAAAAAGAAUAAGAAGAAGCUAAAACAACUCUUACCUAUUCUGCUGCUUUUAAAAUUGAAAAUGGCUGCCUUAAUACCCCUGUUCCUUGGAAUCAUAGCAUUUGUGGCUGUUAAGGCAGUUUUCCUCGGAAAAAUUGCGUUCGCUGUCAGUGCAGUUUCACUUAUUCGAAGACUGUUGGCGAAAAAUAGCGGUGCAUCAGCUGGUGCGAAUUCCUAUGCACCCGCCCAUGCUGAAGAGAAUCCAGGGUAUUCGUAUAAGCCAGCGCAGGGAUGGAGUCGAACGGUUAAUGAUGCGCAAAAUAUGGCGUAUGCCGGACAAUUAACCAGCUUAUCAUAAGUAUUAGAAUGUGAAUGUAUAUGUGUGUGAGCGCCCUAAUUUUACCUCAGUUUAAUUAAUUUAUUAUAUUUAUUAAAUUAUUGAACAAUUAAA